AUGUCUCUGUGUUUUGAAGACGCUUUCACGGAGUUCAAAAGCGGACGUAUUAGCGAGGUGGAGUACCUCGGCCAUCUUCUCGCCCAUUUCCGGGGCAGCAGACACCCCGGAGACUCAGACAGUCGCAACUUUAAGGCUGUUCUAGGUAGCUUCAAUCCUUACGCUGAAUCGAUUAGACAAGCAGCUCUGGAAACCGAUUACCAACCGCUAGAGAACACGACAGCGCUUGAAAGGCUUUUCGAGGCUUGUCUCGCUGGCAACUCCGCUCAAUUUAAAUCAAGCCUUGAGGGCCUGAAUGACGGGCAUGCGUCUUUAAUCAUGCAGCCGCUUGCGACACUCGCUGCCGAGAAAGGUCGUGCAAGGAUGCUGCAAGCUUGCCUCGAGAAGGGCGCUAAGUUUAAUGGAACUUUGGAUAGAGCUGUGGAAAUCGGAUCCGACAAAACACCGGAGAUGCUUGAAGUUCUUGCCGCUGCCAAAUGGCGCAAUAUCCACGAGGUCAAGAAUGAUAAGCAAGCAGUUAGUGCCGUUGCGCGGCCGUGGCUCAGUAGAAAACCAGCUCAGGAACAGCAGCCAACCGCUGAGACGCAGCAAGAGAGACAUGAGCGGCUUGUACGGACGGGCCAGCAUCCUUCUGGCACAUGUAUGACGGGCGAAGAACUGGAGAAACGAUUUGGCUGGAUUGAUUGGUGA